CCUCCUUGCACCAUGAUUAGACUUCAAGGCAAGGAGGUCAUAUGUUUAAAAUAUACUCCAUAUAUAUUUCCACUCGAUCACGUAGCAAAAUGGUAUUCUUAUACUUGCUAGCCCACUCUUAUUCAGCCAGCCAAUCUUCCCAUAAUGACUUUCUCUGUAAUCAGAUCAAGCAGAAGCCUAGUUAGGCCAUCUGAAAAGACACCAGAAGGCACACUACUUGAUCUAUCAAUCAUUGAUAGACUACCAGUUCUAAGAUGCAAUACUCGAACGUUGCAUGUGUUUAGGCAUGACCCUGAGGCAGCACGAGUUAUAAGAGAAGCUUUGUCCAAGGCUUUGGUUCCUUACUACCCUCUUGCUGGAAAGUUGAAAGAGUCAAGCCAAGGUCAGCUCCAAAUUGAAUGCUCUGGAGAAGGAGUGUGGUUUGUUGAGGCGUUUGCUGAUUGUACCCUUUAUGGUGUCAAUUACUUGGACGAUGAUAUUGUAUCCAUCCCAUAUGAUGAGCUUCUACCUGAUCAUAUCCCAGAGAAUGAAGGCAUAGACCCACUUGUGCAAUUUCAGGUAACACAAUUUGCAUGUGGUGGUUUCGUGAUAGGCCUCAAAUUCUGCCAUAGCAUAUGUGAUGGCCUAGGGGCUGCACAAUUUCUAAAUGCGAUUGGCGAGGUGGCUAGAGGUGCUGAGCAUCUAAGCACUGCACCAGUGUGGCAAAGGGAUUUUUUUCCACUACCACCUGAACAAGCAAAGGUCACUCCGUUACCAAACCUACCACCACCAAUGCCCAACUAUACACUCAACCAUGCAAAUGUAGACAUAACGCUAGAUCACAUCAACCAGCUCAAGCAAGAAUUUCGUCAAUCAACUGGACACACUUGCUCUUCUUUCGAAGUUGUAGCUGCCAAAUUUUGGAGCCGUCGAACACAAGCUAUAAACUUUAAGCAAGAUACUGAACUCAAGCUUGUGUUCUUUGCAAAUUGCCGCCAGCUCUUGAACCCUCCCUUGCCAAAAGGUUUCUAUGGCAACUGCUUCUUCCCAGUGACAAUCACAGCUUCAAGUGAGUCACUCACACAGGCAUCAAUUUCUGAUGUUGUGAAGCUGAUCCAAGAAGCAAAGGCUAAGCUCCCAACUGAGUUUGACAAGUACAUGAAGGGUGAGUCUAUCAAAGAUGGUGAAGACCCAAUGGCACCACCACUUGCUUACACCACACUAUUCAUAUCAGAGUGGGGCAGACUGGGAUUCAACCAAGUAGACUACGGGUGGGGCCCGCCAGUCCACAUUGUUCCAAUCCAAGGCUCAAUCAUCGCACCAGUUGGUAUUGUGGGGUCCUUGCCUUUGCCAAUGAAAGGUGCUCGAUUGAUGACAUGGUGUGUGGAGGAGGCUCAUCGCCAACCUUUCCUCAAUCAGAUGACGACUUGACAAUAACAUGAAUCUUCCCCGAAAAAGAUCCAAAAGUAUAAUUUCAGUGGUUUAGAUCAUUUCAAAAUCCUUGAACCCCUUUGCUUCCUUUAGCUACAUCUGGGAUAAAUAAAACACGAAAUCAAGGCAUUUUGUGUAAUAAAUAAUAAGCCUUGUUAGAGUUGGUGUGAUGGCAAGAAUUUUCCCCUAAACUAAUAUGCGGUAGAUUUGAGUUCGAAAAUCAGUCUCUUUUAAAGGGGAAAAAAAACUAAAAAAAAAAAAAAAAA